AAAUCUCAACUACUGAUAAAACCUAUCUACUUGAACAACAAUACACUACUUAAUUCAAGAGCUCAGUAUCACUAGUUUGUUCAACGUAACAAGUCUACCCAAGUAUGGAUCGAGGUUUUCUCCUGUUGGCCGUUUUCCUAACUGCUAUAACAUGGGUUAGCGGUCUGGACUGUAUAUGGCCUUGUCCGAAAGAAGACUGCCGAGUUAUCGAUGAAAGUAAAUGCAAAGCUGGAACAACAUUGGACAUAUGUGGUUGUUGCACUGUAUGUGCUAAGGCUGAAGGAGAGAGCUGUGGUGGUCCAUGGGACAUGGAAGGCACAUGUGGUACAGGCUUGUUUUGUCAAAAAAACGAGAACCAAGACAUUAACACCAAGGGAAUCUGUGUUCCAGUUUCAUCGUAUUGAAAAACUUCAAAUCGAUUUUUAACAGUUCAGGGUGCAUGAUCUAAUUGAAAAAAUAAACCACUUCAACAAACUUU